AAUUAAUAAAUCUAAAUAAAUUUUUAUCAGCUACCAACAAAAUGUCGACCUCCUCUUUAUCUUGGUUAACCAAAUUGAACACCACCGAAACCCCAGAGAAGAACUUGAGACGUUCUUCCAUCAUCGGUACCAUAGGUCCAAAGACCAACAACGUGGAAACCAUGGUCAGAUUGAGAAAAGCCGGUUUGAAUAUCGUCAGAAUGAACUUCUCGCACGGUUCUUAUGAGUACCAUCAGUCUGUGGUCGAUAAUGCCAGAAAGUCCGAACAAGUGUAUUCUGGUAGACCUUUGGCCAUUGCUUUGGAUACCAAGGGUCCUGAAAUCAGAACUGGUACUACCAUUGACGACAAAGAGUUCCCAAUUCAACCCAACCACGAAAUGAUCUUCACCACCGACGAAGCCUAUGCCAAGAAGUGUAACAGCGAGGUGAUGUUUGUGGACUAUAAAAACAUUACCAAGGUUAUCAAGGCAGGUAAGAUCAUUUACAUUGAUGAUGGUGUUUUGUCUUUUGAAGUGUUAGAGGUCAGUGAUGACAAGACCUUGAAAGUCAAGUCUGUCAAUGCUGGUAAGAUCUGUUCGCACAAGGGUGUGAACUUGCCUGGUACUGAUGUUGACUUACCAGCAUUGUCUGAAAAAGAUAUUGCUGAUAUCAGAUUUGGUGUCAAGAACGGCGUGCAUAUGAUCUUCGCUUCUUUCAUCAGAACCGGUGAAGAUAUCAAACAAAUCAGAAAAGUUUUGGGAGAAGAUGGUAAGGACAUCCAGAUUAUUGCUAAAAUUGAAAACCAACAAGGUGUUAAUAAUUUUGACGAUAUCUUGGCCGAAACCGAUGGAGUAAUGGUUGCUAGAGGUGAUUUGGGUAUUGAAAUUCCUGCUCCUCAAGUGUUUGUGGUGCAAAAACAAUUGAUUGCCAAAUGUAAUUUGGCUGCGAAACCAGUUAUUUGUGCUACCCAGAUGUUGGAAUCCAUGACGUAUAACCCAAGACCAACCAGAGCCGAAGUUUCGGACGUUGGUAAUGCCAUUUUGGAUGGUGCUGACUGUGUGAUGUUGUCUGGUGAAACCGCCAAGGGUAACUAUCCUUUUGAAGCUGUUUCCAUGAUGCACAACACUGCUUUGAUUGCUGAAAAGGCCAUUGCUUACCAAACCGUCCACAAUGAAUUGAGAUCGUUGGCCGUCAGACCAACUCCUACCACUGAAACAUGUGCCAUUGCUGCCGUGUCUGCUGCUUACGAACAAGAUGCCAAGGCCAUUGUGGUUUUGUCUACCUCUGGUUUAACGUCCAGAUUGGUUUCCAAGUACAAGCCUAACGUGCCAAUUAUGAUGGUCACCAGAAACGAAAGAGCCGCUAGAUACUGUCACUUGUACAGAGGUGUGUAUCCUUUUGUUUAUCCAAAUGCCAAGGUUGAAAACUGGCAAGAAGAUGUGGAAAACAGAUUGAGAUGGGCUGUUUCUGAAGCCAUUGACUUGAACAUCAUCAAAAAGGGUGACUCUAUUGUCACCGUCCAAGGUUGGACAAGAGGUUCCGGACACUCUAACACUGUUAGAAUUGUCCAGGCCUAAGCUACUGUGUUAUGACGCUAGAUAUUUAGAAACGACAGUAAUUAAACAAUUAGUACUUGAGAUUUCGCACCCUCAUGAAAUGAAAAAUUAUCAUCCUAUCAUGAGGUUAGCUGCGCUGAGAAUCAGGCCAUUAACCCGUGCAUUCGUAAGGUUUAACUCCAGCUCCGGAGGAAAUCCACCUCGGGACCUGACCACACACUUUGGUUACAAAACAGUGGAGGAAACUGAAAAGGAAAAGCUUGUAGGAGAUGUGUUUUCUUCCGUUGCUUCCAGUUACGAUAUCAUGAACGAUGUCAUGUCUUUUGGGAUUCACAGGUUAUGGAAAAGCCACUUCUUGAACAGAUUGGAUGCUGGAAUGAGACCUGGCAGUGGACGCCCUCUUGAUUUUCUUGAUGUUGCUGGGGGUACUGGUGAUAUUGCCUUUGGUUUGUUGGAGCACGCAGAAAAGAGAUUCAACGAUUUUCAAUCCACCAUGACGGUUGCGGACAUUAACCCCGACAUGUUGAAGGAAGGAGAAAAGAGAUACCAAGAUACCAAGUGGGCCAAAGAAGCAGAUCCACGAGUUAGUUUUUUGGUUCAAAAUGGUGAAACUUUGGACAAAAUUGCUGAUAAUUCCAAAGACGUUUAUACCAUUGCUUUUGGAAUUAGAAAUUUCACCAACAUCCAAAAGGGCUUGGAACAAGCCUAUCGGGUAUUGAGACCUGGUGGUAUCUUUGCUUGUCUUGAGUUUAGUCAAGUGGAAAACCAGUUGUUGGAUUACGUUUACCAGACCUAUUCGUUCUCGUUAAUUCCAUUGGCUGGGCAAUUAAUUGCUGAUGAUAGAGAAUCGUAUCAAUAUCUAGUGGAAAGUAUCAGAAGAUUUCCCAAGAAAGAAGAGUUCAAAGGAAUGAUUGAAAAGGCUGGAUUCUACGUUCCUGAAAAGGGAUAUGAAGACUUAACUUUCGGGGUCGCAACCAUUCAUAUUGGAGUGAAAUUGUAGAGCUGUAAAUAGUCAAUGAAUGUACCCAAUU